AUGGAGGCUGCCGCGGGGCGCGGCGGAUCCCUUCCUGUGCCCUCCUCGUCACAGAGAAAGGAGUGGCGUGCAGUCCCCGAGCACUGCUUCCGGAGUAAUGGGAGUGGGGUAGGGAUAACGCGCCCGUAUUCUGCGUUUAGGGUUUGGGCUGGCGUUUUAUUUUUUAUGUUUUGUUGGGCAGGGGUCAGAACAUGGGAAAUUAGGACAAUCUGAUGAGAGAACAAUAUACGAGGUAAACAGUCAGGUGGACUAGCUGUCUUCUUUUUCUUCCCCGGACGAUGAAUCCCAAUUUGAGGGGUAAAAUUUCGUCGUGGAAGGUGCAGGAGGAAACUGGCCAGCUCGAGGUGGACUUCUGUUCCAUCACGAUUGAUGGUAGCGGAACAAAUGAUGACAUACUGCAGCGGCGGUUGCACAGUAUAUCCAGGCAGAGAGAAGAGCUAGAGCAAAUAGAGAUCGACCUCAGAGCACAGAUUGUUGCCAGAUCAGAGAUUAUGGAAGUGCAGAAGAACUUUGAUGCCCAGAUCAAGGAACAUGCCAAUGCUGCCGCCAAACUAAAGGUUUUAUCUUGUAUUCGUUUUUCUUCCUUUCCUUUGGACUUCGUAAGUAAGGGCUUACUUGAAUGUUUUAAUGUUUGAAAUUCCCUUUAGCUUCAUUCGCGUCAUUGACGUACUUACUGAUACUUACAUCGAAUAAUUUUCCCACGGCAUUUUAUAAUGCAAUCUAGCUCAUUUUGGCUGAUAACAAGUUGGUUUGCCUCAGCACUGGUUCUUCUUUGCACAGCACACCUUAACCAGCGUACUGGUCUCAUCUUUCUACUCUGAUACUUAGACGGCAUUUAUCAGUCAUUCAGCUAGUUGAAUGUGAAUUCAUCUUCAAUGUUACCUUCCUGAGGGAAAAGAUGUUGUACGUUCUUAUAUUAAUGUCGGGAAUCUGUUCGUCCUUUUUUUUGACGAAAAGUGUUGAGUUUCUAUCCAUGGCAUUCUAAACUUUCUAAGAGGAGAAUCACAAGACGAGAGAGCUUGUUGACAUGUCAUGCGUAGAGCGUUGGUUCUUUUUAUUUCCGGACUGUGUCAACUAUACAUUUUCCUUCCUUUUCCCUGAAUUAUUUCGUCCAUGCUUGGCGUUUGUCUUUUUCUCAUCUUUUCAUGACCACAAACCAUGUGCUUAGCUGAUUUGAAAUCUCAUUGAUUUACAUAUAACUGUCUUCUAUUCAAUUGAACUGAGAGCUUAGGUAAAUGAUCAAACCGGUGAAAUAUGUAACUUUUUUCGACCAGACGUACACUGACAAGGUUUGGCUAUAUGUAGGUUCCUUGAAGCCAAAUCCUUGCAGAGGAUGUUUUACCUGUCAUCUGGAUAUUUAUUCUCAUGAAAUUUUAUUAUGUCGUGUAGCUUUUGCCCAUUGGAAUGGAAAGUUUGUUGUUUGAUGGAGUAGAAGUGUAGUUUUGCGUCAGCAUUAGCUUAUCACAGUAUACAGGAAAUUCUGUAUUAAAUGUAGCACAUCAGAAAUGAGGCAUAUGAUUAAUUGUGCACCAUAUAGGGAGGAAUGCGUACCGUCGCAGAAUUUAGUGUUCUAAAUGAACAUUGGUAUUUACGAAACAUUGGAAAGACAUGAAGAUUCAUCUUUCCUGAAAUAACGAUAGGAGGCAUGGAAAGAAUUCAUUAAGUUUAAACUUCUCUGGGAAAUACGGGAAAUGCUCCUUUUUAAUGUAUGGGAUAUACGUUGAAGAUUUUUCUCAUCCUGAUAAAAUGAAAGGAUAUAUGUAAGGAUUCGUUUAAACAUCACGUGCAAAAGAUGAAUGAGAGUUUCUGACUGUUUUAUGUAAAAAUGAGCUGACUGCGAUAGAUGUAGUGACCAUGCUGCAGAUGUCUCUUUUCACCUUGCUGUAUUUCUCAGAACUUCCUGGCACAUAUCUGAAUAAUAUCGUACAAUUAAUGGCAGAAAUGUUACUUUUUAUAUUUGUUUCGGAUGAUUUUUUUGUUAAGCAUGAAAAUGAUAAUAGUUUAUGUGCUUUUGGUGGCCUAGGAACAAUUACAUGAAAGAGAGCAAAUCAUUUGUGCGCUGGAGAUAAAGGUGGAAGAAAAAGAUAGGGAGUUACGGGCAGUGAAAAUAGACAACGAAGCGGUUUGUUUGGUUUGCUUUUUAUGUGAUUGGAGUGUUAAUAUUCUCUCUGUUGAUGCUUUAUCUGUGGUCUUCCAAUUUCUGUUCCUAGGUUUGGGCUAAAGAAGAUCUUCUUAGGGAGCAAAACAAAGAGCUAGCAAAUUUUCGGUGGGUGCUCCUUGUCCAGUAUAGUAUUGUAGUCUGUUCUCACCGCUCAUCUUUGAACGUUAUUUUAUCGUGAAUUUCUUAUUUACUUUGUUGGGCUAAAAUGAAGUGUGUUACCUGAAGAUUUAAGAUUUUGGUUCGUUUCCUAACGGCUCGAGCUCAACUCCAUUAAAGGGUUUUGAUAUGUUUUGUGUUCAGCACUAAAAUGCCCUUAGAUUAUGGCCUUCUGUUGCAUGCAUCCACGACUUUUAGAACCACAAUUUAUGUGCAGCCUCUGUUAUUGUUGCGCUGUGGGGAGACUCCUUUCUCAAUUCUUCAAACAAUAAUGUGUUUUUUUUAAGAUGGAUAGUCUCCUAUUAAAUUAGAAUUUUUCGGUAUUUAAUUCCUAUCUGUGCAUUUAAGGAUAUCCUGGUAGUUGAUUUUCUGUAUGUCAAUCUAUACGACUGUGAAACUGGACGCACCAGUUUAUGUUAAACAGGUUGCUGAGUCCUAAGAACUUUUUAUCUUUUAUUUCAUUCCAGAAUAGAGCGUGAUAGCCUAGAAGCUGAAAGAGCGCAGCAUAUGAAACAAAUUCACGAUCUUCAGGAAUGCAUUCAAGAAAAAGAUCAUCGGUAUCUUGAGUUAGAAGAACAGGUUCAGACAUGGCCAUGUCUAUUGACAACGUUUCUUGAUGAAAAGAGAUUAUUUAUGCACAGCAUUGCAAUUCAAAUUUAGAUAGUAUCUAUGAAUCCUUCAUUUAUUUUAGUAUUUACACCAAGCAUUAUCUUGCGGUUUUCGAUUAUUUAUAACAUAUGGGAUCCUGUUAUCUUGUAUUGCCUGAUGCUGUAGUUUUUCAGUCAUUAAUUUUCAUCACCGUGGUUGUUUUCCUCCAUAAAUUAUGGGAUUUAGUUUUCUUUUAUGUCCAGGAGAUUCACAACAAGGGCGUGAUAAGACUGCUGACAUACAUGAAUAAUGUUGUUGUUUUCUUUUUGGUUAAUUUAAAACACUAGCUAUAGGAUAUGCAACUUGUAUCCUCGCGGAGUGCUAACUAUUUUCCAAAGGUGCAAAAGCAUGAUAAGACUGUUAACAGAUAUGUUUCUUUUUUUCUUUUUGGUUAAUUUAGUACACUUGCUAUAGGAUAUGCAACUUGUAUCAUCACGGAGUGCUGUAGAAUGACGAUUGCCUUGGGGUAACAUGUAUUCUGACAACCCGACAUACAACCCCUCCCGACCACCCCCUACCCGACCCCAAAUGGAAAGAAAAAAGAGACGUGAUGUUGCACUGUAUCGUUAAAUUUGAUCUAAAUAAAGAACAAUAGCUGACUUUCCCACCUAAUAUUGGUCAUUUUCGGCAUCAAAUAUCCUUUUUUAUUCCCUGCAGCAAUUUUUUUUAUGUUUUGAGGAAUAUUCUUGGCAUUAGCUAUUCCAUAAAGACCGUGGCUGAACAAGUGCAUCUCUCUUACUAUGCUUUUGUACAUUUUUUAUGUAUUAUGCCCUUUUAGUAUCAGUAUCUUCACAAGUCUGAAAAAUUGUGGUAAGAGUAAUACAAUGAGUGUGUUUUAUCUCACAGCAUAGGGUUGCACAAGAAACGAUUCUGUUUAAGGAUGAGCAGUUAAGGGAAGCACAAGCUUGGAUGGUACGUGCUCAAGAAGUGGAUGCGUUUCAUUUGACUACCAAUCAAACAUUGCAAGCCGAGAUAAGGGAACGCACUGAACAGUUUAACCAAUAUUUUCUUGCCUUCCAAAAACAGGUGAGCGGAUGUUCUAUAUAAAAGUGAAUUUACUUGUUUCCUUUUCCACUCGUUUAAUCAUAGGAGUAAUUGAGACAUUCAAUGUCUACGAUCUAAAACUCUUAACAUACAUGUCAUGCAAGAUUCGAGAUCUAGAAUCUAUUAUCCCUUAACAUAGUCAUAGUAAUCUCAUUGUUAUUUGUUUUUUCUAGUUUGCUGAGGUGGAUAGACAUCAUAGGCAAGCAAUACAACAACUUCAACUGGAGUUGGCUGAGGCCAAGGAACAAAGUGGAAUUCAGAAUGAUGACUCAAGAUUCGGGCACACAGGUUCAAAGAAUUCAUCAUCAUAUCUCCAAAACAACGGGAACCAGUUCGCAAAUGAUGGUAGCUCGGCUUGUACGGCAAAUGGAGAUGGUGUGUCUUUGCUAUCAGCCCCUAGUGCAUCAACAAAGGUGAGGCAUGGAGACUGCUUUUGUCAUUUUGUCACCCGGAUUUCAGAUAGCAACAUUCCACUUUGCUUUUUACAAGAAAAAUAUCCUCUGUUGUCUGACCAUCAGAUAUUUCUUGAAAACUAUUGACGAUCCAGACUCAGUGUGUCUCCUCGUAUGAAUUUAGGUGAUUGAAUCCUAUACCCUAUGUGAAAGAUCCAUUGAGUACUGUUGUCCUAGUGUUAAGCUAUUGACGAUCCAGACUCCAGGUUCUAUCCAGGCCUUAACACAUGCUGGCUGUUUUUUCCUCUUGAUAUUGUUUUUAACAACGAAUGAUGAGGUCUGUUCUUUUGAACUAGGAUUGAAGCUAGUAUUAGCACCUCUAAUCAUUUUUGUCGUGCUGACGUUUUUUGCUUUCUUUUACGUUUUUGUCAUGAUAUCUUAGCAAUGAAUGGUGAGCUUAUAAGUUUUUUGUGUACGAAUAGCAGUUUGGUUCUGUUUCAUACUUUAUACAUUCCCCCAGCUUUGCAACUGAGGCAAAAAUAACGAACUUUCCUAUUGUAUAGAUCAUCCUCCCAAAGCAUUUCUGUUUAUACACUAAUUUUUAUGGAAUUUCAGUCUCAGCAGGUUCCUGGAGUUCCUGGAGUUCCUGUUGUUCCAUCCUCUAUCCUUGGGAUGGGUGCGUUUAUUCCAUCCGGGCCAGUGGUUGCACCUCAUCCCUUUGUCGUCCAUCCACAGGGAGCUCCGCAGUCUGUGGCAUCUGCCAGUUCUCAUCUUUCUCAGAAUCAAAUGGGUUAUUUCCAGCCAGUCCCUGCACUUUCUCACCAGCAUUGGCAAAGCCAACAGGUAUCCAUUGACAUAUACUUUAUAAGAACAUUCAUUGAUUUUUCUAGCCCCUUUCCGGCGUUCUUUUGAACUAACAUUCGAGAUUCUGUAAAUGGUUAGGCAGUCCAAGAUGCACACCGACCACACAGCCAACCUCCCUCGCAAGUAGACCAAGAUCUUUUGAAAUCAGAUGGCCAAUACAGUUACGAAAUCUCAUCUGAGCGGCAAGUUGUCCAUUCAGACAUUUUGGAGACUCUCAAAAGCCCUCGACAGGGCUCCGAAUCAAUGGCCUGUGGAUCAAAUGAAAAAGGGCGUGCUCUGGACGGAGAGGUUGACUUGGAAAUUUUUCUACUUUCGCAUCUGAUCUUGUCAAGAGACCCCCAGCAUUUUCCUUUUAUUCACUUUUUGGCCUCAUAGGUUUGAGUCAGAUGCUGAUGGUCUUCUUCAUGAUUUGUCUCAGGGACCCCAGGAAACUACUCAUAAAUCUUCCAGCUUUCAUGCAGCUAUAGUCUCUGAUACGCUCGAGAGCAGCAGCGAACAUAAGGUUCGUGGUCUUUUGCACAUAUUUCAAAUGAGCAUCUAAGGCUCAUCUUUUCUUUCAAGUCAAAUGGAAUCAGUCCAGCUUUCAUGAACUUUUCUUCCGUUGACUGCCACCAGUAGCUUCUGCUUCAACUGGAAAUUUUUCUCAUCAUCUUUUAAAUCUGCAGAUAAAUAUCGAGAAAACGGUGUCAGCGAAUGGGGUAGAGGCACAAGUUGUGGCAUCAGAAGACACAUCAGGGUCUGGUGCUGUGUUGAAUGGUGGAGAACGCUCAGUUAAUUUCAUCAGUGUUUCUGAAUGCAACAUCAAUGCUGUUUUGGUUCAAGAGGCGAUACACACAGAAUCAACAUCCGGGAAGGUGCCUGAGCCAAAUCUCCUGGAUGAAAGGGCGUUGCUGGCUUGCCUCGUUCGAGCAAUUCCUCCCGAAUCUGCCAGUGGGAUCAGCAUUACUAGCACGGUGAGAAAGGACCCUGAGGCACUUGGACGAUGGGCCUUGUUCCAGCUCGAUUCCUAGAACACUGUCACCCUAAAAAUCUGAUCUUCUUCUUUUCCCAACGUCCACCACAGUUGCAGAAUCGGCUCAGGAAGAUCCUCGCUCCUCUUCAGUGGAACGAUUACAUGAAGCAAUUCGGAAACCUCGAUGAAUUUGUGGCCCGUCAUCCGGAAGUGGGUUAUUUAGCCGUUGUCAAGUUCGAAUCACCCCUUGACUUCUGUUUCUAAUACUCCAUUGACUCUUUCUGGUGCCACUCCAGCUGUUUGUAAUCAAAGGAGACUUCAUUCAUCUUCGUGAAGGAGCUAAGGAGAUUAUUUCUGCGUCAACAGCAGUGGCCAAGGUUGCAGCGGCAGCAGCUUCCUUUGCUCCCUACUCUUCAGUGUUGCCCUCUGUCGCCGUCACUCCUGUGGCUCAGACCCACCGCCAGAGAAAGGAUUCAACGGCAGAACUGAAGGCUGGGAGGAGCAUUCCAAACCCAGACCCGUCUGGUCUGGUCUACCCUGGAGAUUUCUCCAGGGCACCGUCACAGAUUUCUACAGGGCACGGUCAACGGCAGAAUGGUGUCAAUCUGGUGCGUAUCCCUCAGACCCGUAACUGAGAAAAACAGAAGAGUUCUUCAGGAACUGAGUGGCUCCCCUUUUGAAGCACAGUCUGGUCAUCAAGCUGUAAAUAUGGACAGAGGAGUCGUGUGCUCUCCUCAAAGCAAGGGAUCAAGUAACGGAAGGCGUGUUGUUGGAAGCAAGCAGCAGGGAAGGUAUGCUGCGUUGUUGGGUCAUCAAUGGCCAUCUUCUAGGAGUCAGCAUGUGAGCUUAAUAAAGCCCUUAUUUUGCCCUUUUUCUUCUCUUAUCAGAGUCUCUGGAGCUGGGGCGAUCUCCAGGAGAUAGUAAGUGCAUCUCUCUCUCUCUCUCUCUCUCUCUCUCUCUCUUCUCUCCCGCUGUGAUAACUACCAAAUGCAUUGACCUUGGCCUGGCCAAAAUAAUUUGAGCAACUAGUGGGCCCUAUUUUUUGUUCUUUAUUUGACUUUGACUUGCGCUGAAUCGUGCCGCGUCUGGCAAGCAAGUGCGUAUUAAGAAAACCCAAGUGGAAUUGUUAUUAUUAAUGCGUUUAUCGAUACUCUCUGUUAGGUGGUUCGCCGUCUGCCGACCCCCGUGAUCACAACUUGAAUCUCACUUCGUUUCUUUCAUGCUGCAACUGAUUUGUUUAUCGUCUGUUGGCAGGAUCUGGCGGGCGGUCCAGUGCUGCGAGUGAUCUUGAAGAAGCGCUCGCUCUUUGUCCUCUCUCUCUCUCUCUCUCUCUCUCUAUUUUGCAAGCCCAACAUUCUUUCUUGCAGAAAUUGUCCAUUUCUUAUGGAGGGCUCGGCAAAUGUGACUCCAUCUGACGUUUCCCCGAAAAAGUUCCCCAUUUAAUAGGAUAUUUUUCUCGCAUUUCUCUCUCAUGAAUCGGCCGCCAGUAUGGAUGCCCGCAAGAUGUCUGACAAAUCGCCGAGCAGACCUCCCUUCCCCGCCCUCUCUUACCUGCUACGGGCCCAGCCGUCAGUCCCAUUUCGGGCCUGACAAAAUGAAACGACGUCCGCUCCAGUAGAGCUGCUGCCGCGUUAAGAUGCCUCCUGCAACCCGACGACAAGAUUCACAAGAACCCGGCAGACAGCUUGACCUACCCUUUCGUCCUCGUGCAGAGGAAUACCCGCGUCCUCAAGCAUGGAGAUCAGACGGUCGACGUCUACUCUCAUGCCUCCGUAUUACGCGGCCAACGUUAG